GGAAAAUAAUUAUGAAAGUCACUUAUAACAUUUACUUUUUCUGGUUAAAAAAUAUUGCACACAUAUACGUAAGGUUUUUUUAUAAAAUAGAGGUAGAGUAGAUUUUUUUAAGUUUUGCAUUGUAUUUCAGAGUAUAUUGUAUUAUAAUUUAUAUUUAUAUAAUUUUGCUCGUGGUAAUUAGUUAUUUUCUCUCGUUGUCGGUGGCCAUUGGUAAGCCUGUCAUCGUUGAUAAGUCAACUUCGGUAUAUGUCGGUCGAAUUGGAGACUUAUGCAAAAUUCUACUCACUACUGUAUGCACGUACAUUGCAUGUGCUUGCGUCACGAUGGACGAUAGACGAAAUAAUCGCGAAGUUGUGACCGUGCUGUUCCUGUGUCUGCUGUGGUACGCGAUAUCCAGUAGCAGUAAUGUUGUCGGUAAAAUGUUGCUAUCGGAAUUUCCGUAUCCGCUUACCGUAACUAUGGUCCAGUUAACCUCGAUCACUAUCUAUUCCGGUCCAUUCUUCAAUCUCUGGGGUGUAAGGAGAUAUUCGUCCAACAUAACAUGGAGCUAUUACUUACGGCUUAUCGUACCCUUAGCCUUGGGCAAAUUUUUAGCAAAUGUAUUCAGCCACGUCAGCAUUUGGAAAGUACCUGUCUCUUACGCUCAUACUGUGAAGGCUACAAUGCCUCUCUUUACGGUAGCUCUGUCGAGAGUAAUACUUAAAGAACAACAGACAUGGAAAGUCUAUUUGAGUCUUGUCCCAAUAGUUGGUGGUGUAGCAAUUGCAACACUGACAGAGCUUAGUUUUAAUAUGAUUGGUUUGAUAAGCGCAUUAGCAUCUACUAUGGCAUUCUCAUUGCAGAACAUUUACUCAAAGAAGGUACUGCACGACACAGGAAUACAUCAUUUACGAUUGUUACAUAUACUUGGUCGUCUAGCUUUGUUCAUGUUUUUGCCAAUUUGGAUCAUAUACGAUCUACGCCGUUUAUUAUACGAGCCAGUUCUACGACCAUCUGUUGAGAUGAGUUAUUAUGUAUUAGGAUUGUUAGUUUUAGAUGGUAUAUUGAACUGGUUUCAGAACAUUAUUGCUUUUUCAGUGUUGUCUAUUGUAACUCCUUUAACAUAUGCUGUGGCAAGUGCGAGCAAACGUAUAUUUGUAAUAGCAGUAACGUUACUUAUUCUUGGUAAUCCAGUUACAUGGGUCAAUAUAUUUGGUAUGACUAUGGCCAUAUUAGGAGUGUUGUGUUAUAAUAAGGCCAAAUACGAUCAGAGAAUAGAAAAACAGAAAGAGACAAUUCUUCCAAAAUAUUAUAAUCAAACUCAAAAUGGUAACAGUUCCUUUAUGGUAAACGGAUUUGUAGGCAAAGAACAUCAAUCAUUCGCUGUCUAGUUUCAAUUGAGUUUUUUUUUGACAAAUUUUGAUAUAAGUUUUUUAUCAGAGAUAUUUAUUUCUUUUUUAACGUUUAAAUUAUAUGAUUUGUAAAAUUAAUAUAGUAUUCUUGUACUUUCGUAUCAUGAUUGUUGGUCUAGUUUUUCAGUAUCUAAACCUGCUGGUAAGGUGAUUGCAUAAUUUAAAAUUAUAAUUAGCUGAUUGCUGGUUCAAUUAGCAUAUAUUAAUUAAUCGCAAAUUUGACUACAUUCCCCGGAAUCGCUGUUACUUUACAUGAUGAGCAAGAUGUGUAAUCUGUCUUGAAACUAAAGUAAUAUGUAAUUGUGUGUGUAUGUAUACAAACACACACAUUACUCUGUAUUAAACAUGUUAUAUUGUUUGAACUGUUGAAGAGUUACAAGACAAAUUUACAUACUUGUGCAUUAAACAUUGUAUUGUACAUAAAAACUAUGCUAGCACAAUGUUUUAAUUUUAUUUAUAUUUGUAAAAUUAUUCGUCUGUUUUACAAGAAAAUUUAGCUAAAUACUCAUCCUUAUACUAAAAUUUAGCUGCACUUUUAAAGUUUCUCAAUACUUAUUAUAGCUAUCUUAUAUAUCAUGACGUCAGAAGCAAAACCCUUCACGCCUAAAAAUUGUUACGACUGACGUCAAAACAAGAGAAUAUUUCUGUGUAAAUUCACUUACACUCGAUAGGCCAUACUCGUGAAAUAUACCAAAUAGGCUUCUUUUGAUUUAACAAGACAAUAUUAUCAAAAUCAAAUAAAGUAUAUCACACUGUAAUUUUAGAAGUGAAUGUUCUCACUUCUGAUGUCAUAAUCUUUGAUAGCAAGUGUCGAGAAGUCUCAAAUAUCAAUGAGACAAGUGCGUUUGCAGAUAUAUGUAACUAGAAAGAGUGAGAGAGUAUGCGUGUACUAUAUAUGUGAAUUAUAUGUAAAAAAAAAUGUUUUAGCUGAAAAAAGACCAAUCUAUAU